AUGCAAGAAAUAUUUCUGAAACAGAGAGCCGCCUGCACCAGGAGCAGAGAGCCGCCUGCACCAGGAGCAGAGAGCCGCCUGCACCAGGAGCAGAGAGCCGCCUGCACCAGGAGCAGAGAGCCGCCUGCACCAGGAGCAGAGAGCCGCCUGCACCAGGAGCAGAGAGCCGCCUGCACCAGGAGCAGAGAGCCGCCUGCACCAGGAACAGAGAGCCGCCUGCACCAGGAGCAGAGAGCCGCCUGCACCAGGAGCAGAGAGCCGCCUGCACCAGGAGCAGAGAGCCGCCUGCACCAGGAGCAGAGAGCCGUCUGCACCAGGAGCAGAGAGCCGUCUGCACCAGGAGCAGAGAGCCGCCUGCACCAGGAGCAGAGAGCCGCCUGCACCAGGAACAGAGAGCCGCCUGCACCAGGAGCAGAGAGCCGCCUGCACCAGGAGCAGAGAGCCGCCUGCACCAGGAGCAGAGAGCCGCCUGCACCAGGAGCAGAGAGCCGCCUGCACCAGGAGCAGAGAGCCGCCUGCACCAGGAACAGAGAGCCGCCUGCACCAGGAGCAGAGAGCCGCCUGCACCAGGAGCAGAGAGCCGCCUGCACCAGGAGCAGAGAGCCGUCUGCACCAGGAGCAGAGAGCCGCCUGCACCAGGAGCAGAGAGCCGCCUGCACCAGGAACAGAGAGCCGCCUGCACCAGGAGCAGAGAGCCGCCUGCACCAGGAGCAGAGAGCCGCCUGCACCAGGAGCAGAGAGCCGCCUGCACCAGGAGCAGAGAGCCGCCUGCACCAGGAGCAGAGAGCCGCCUGCACCAGGAGCAGAGAGCCGCCUGCACCAGGAACAGAGAGCCGCCUGCACCAGGAGCAGAGAGCCGCCUGCACCAGGAGCAGAGAGCCGCCUGCACCAGGAGCAGAGAGCCGUCUGCACCAGGAGCAGAGAGCCGUCUGCACCAGGAGCAGAGAGCCGCCUGCACCAGGAGCAGAGAGCCGCCUGCACCAGGAACAGAGAGCCGCCUGCACCAGGAGCAGAGAGCCGCCUGCACCAGGAGCAGAGAGCCGCCUGCACCAGGAGCAGAGAGCCGCCUGCACCAGGAGCAGAGAGCCGCCUGCACCAGGAGCAGAGAGCCGCCUGCACCAGGAGCAGAGAGCCGCCUGCACCAGGAGCAGAGAGCCGCCUGCACCAGGAGCAGAGAGCCGCCUGCACCAGGAACAGAGAGCCGCCUGCACCAGGAGCAGAGAGCCGCCUGCACCAGGAGCAGAGAGCCGCCUGCACCAGGAGCAGAGAGCCGCCUGCACCAGGAGCAGAGAGCCGCCUGCACCAGGAGCAGAGAGCCGUCUGCACCAGGAGCAGAGAGCCGUCUGCACCAGGAGCAGAGAGCCGCCUGCACCAGGAGCAGAGAGCCGCCUGCACCAGGAACAGAGAGCCGCCUGCACCAGGAGCAGAGAGCCGCCUGCACCAGGAGCAGAGAGCCGCCUGCACCAGGAGCAGAGAGCCGCCUGCACCAGGAGCAGAGAGCCGCCUGCACCAGGAGCAGAGAGCCGCCUGCACCAGGAGCAGAGAGCCGCCUGCACCAGGAGCAGAGAGCCGCCUGCACCAGGAGCAGAGAGCCGCCUGCACCAGGAACAGAGAGCCGCCUGCACCAGGAGCAGAGAGCCGCCUGCACCAGGAGCAGAGAGCCGCCUGCACCAGGAGCAGAGAGCCGUCUGCACCAGGAGCAGAGAGCCGCCUGCACCAGGAGCAGAGAGCCGCCUGCACCAGGAACAGAGAGCCGCCUGCACCAGGAGCAGAGAGCCGCCUGCACCAGGAGCAGAGAGCCGCCUGCACCAGGAGCAGAGAGCCGCCUGCACCAGGAACAGAGAGCCGCCUGCACCAGGAGCAGAGAGCCGCCUGCACCAGGAGCAGAGAGCCGCCUGCACCAGGAGCAGAGAGCCGACCGAGUCUGAACCCCGAGGACCAAGCAUGAACCCCGACGACCGAGCUCGAGGACCGAGCCUGAACCCCGAGAACCGAGCCAGAACCCUGAGGACCAAGUCUGAACCCCGAGGACCAAGUCUGAACCCCGAGGAACGAGUCUGA